AUGAACGGAUUUGCUGCAGUCCUCGUUUUGUUGGGAGUAUUUUGGACUCAGGCUUCUGCAUUGGACUCCUAUGUCCUGAAAGAUCCUAACAAGGGCUAUGUCACUGGAACCAUGACUAUCGACAAUGGGAGAAAUAUUGUUGACGUCCACAUCCGUUCUGGCGCGCAGUCCUCUGACAGCAUUUUUGACUACUCACGUGGGUAUAUUGCAACAAGGUUAUUUUCACGACAUGCCUGCUUUAUCCUGGAAAUAAAUAAGAAAGACAUCCCAGAGCUGCAAGAAAUUGGACGCACGGCUUUUGAGAAAAAGGUUCUGAGGGAAGUGUACAACCGACGCAAUGUGUGGGUACAGUUUCAAUCUGCCCACUCCUGGUUUGGGGAUUUCAAAGACUGGCUUCGCUAUGGUAGACCCAUUGAACGCCUCUGCUCAGGCCUGCCGCUCUACAGGCUGGAAAGGGCUGAACCUCUAAGGGAUCCUCAUGGCUGUGCCGCUGCAGGAAUUCCAGGCGUUUUGCGCCUUAACAUCUGUGAAAAAGCCAAGUAG